CAGUCUCGCAGUAGAAAGCCAACCUGCGCUUGCGCCUAUAAAUCUACCUCCAUUGAUAAGAAUAAGUACUACCCUACCUCGGUAAAAUGGUGCCACCAUUGUCUCACAGAACGACAUCCCAACACCUAGUGCAAAGAGUAAAGUAAAUACUUCGGAACCUAGUGCCUGCAACCAGUUAAAUAAAACUUUAAAACUUUUACAAUAAAUAGUUCAAAGACUAACAGUGGUACAGUGUAAGUUGUAACAGUGUAGUAUACCCUUAGGUAUACCUAAUGGAUUCCCAACAGUUUCGGGAGUUCGGGAAAGCCGCCAUCGAUUUGGUUGCAGACUACAUGGACAAUAUUAGGGAACGGGAUGUCCUGCCUUCGAUAGAGCCAGGAUAUUUGAUAGAUAUCCUGCCUGAAAAUGCGCCAGAGGAACCGGGAGACUGGAGAGACGUCAUCAAAGAUUUUAACCAAAUUAUUAUGCCUGGG